AUGAAAUGCGUAGUGUAGUCUUGGCUUUAUAGAAUGUUGCCGUAUAUAGGCCAAAUUAUCUCCAUUUCACGAAACACUUUUGGUGAUACGUAAAUACGACCAGUAAGAUAUUACAAAAUUACGAUACUUGAACAUUAUUGGUUACUAAAGGGCAACGAUCCAAGAAUUGAGGAGAAAAGAAUCAAGAAUUUGAGGUCUGUUACCUGGAAAAUACAAUUGGAUUGAAAUAAAGAAGAAUUCGAGGAACAAGUGCCGCCACCAAGGUCAGAGGUCAAAGAGUCAUAGGUCAGCAUGGCGUCCGGCAGUGCCAGCAGCGAGGAGGAGAAGAGCCUACGGGAGUGCGAGCUGUACGUGCAGCGACACAACAUCCAGCAGCUGCUGAAGGACUGCAUCGUGCAGCUGUGUACCACCAGGCCCGACCGCCCCAUGGCCUCUCUCAGGGAAUUUGAGAGGCUGGAGAAGGAGGAAGCCAAGCAGAUUCAGAACCAGCAGAAGGCAAGCUCUCGCUCGGACUCGCGGGAGGAUGAGGUCUCGCCCCCCAUGAACCCCGUGGUGAAGGGGCGCCGGCGGCGCGGAGCCAUCAGUGCUGAAGUGUACACGGAGGAGGACGCUGCCUCAUACGUCCGCAAGGUCAUACCUAAAGAUUACAAGACAAUGGCAGCUCUCGCCAAAGCCAUAGAGAAGAACGUUCUUUUCUCCCACCUCGAUGACAACGAGAGAAGUGACAUCUUUGAUGCCAUGUUCCCAGUCACAUACAUUGCUGGGGAAAUAGUCAUUCAGCAGGGCGACGAGGGUGAUAAUUUCUACGUCAUUGAUCAGGGAGAGAUGGAUGUGUAUGUGAACGGCGAGUGGGCCACCAACAUCGGGGAGGGGGGCAGCUUUGGGGAGCUGGCCCUGAUCUACGGCACUCCACGGGCGGCCACCGUCAGAGCCAGGACCAACGUGAAGCUGUGGGGUAUCGACAGGGACAGCUACAGGAGAAUACUCAUGGGAAGUACUUUGAGGAAGAGGAAAAUGUACGACGAGUUUCUUAGUAAAGUCUCCAUUUUAGAAUCCCUGGAUAAGUGGGAGCGACUCACAGUAGCGGAUGCGCUGGAGCCGGUCCAGUUUGAGGACAGCCAGAAGAUCGUAGUCCAGGGAGAACCAGGAGAUGAGUUUUUCAUCAUUUUGGAGGGUAGUGCAGCCGUUUUGCAACGCAGGUCAGAGAACGAGGAGUUUGUGGAGGUUGGGCGGUUAGGACCCUCUGAUUACUUUGGUGAGAUCGCUCUGCUGAUGAACCGCCCACGUGCCGCCACGGUGGUGGCCCGCGGCCCGCUGAAGUGUGUGAAGCUGGACCGGCCCCGCUUCGAGCGCGUCCUGGGGCCCUGCUCGGACAUCCUCAAGCGCAACAUCCAGCAGUACAACAGCUUCGUCUCGUUGUCUGUCUAAGGAAACCUCUUACACCACCAACCGACCCUCCCUCUUUCUCAAGCCUCCACCCCCACCCCCCUCUCUCUCUCUCAGCCCAGACCUCACCGUCAGGCAGGGCCCCCUGUCAGUCCUCACCAUACGCUCUUUGCAGUUGCCGUUUCCUCCAGGUUUUGCAUUUUCGUUUGUUUGUUUGUUGGUUGGUUGGUUGGUUGGUUGGAUGAUUGGUUGGUUAGUCCGAUGUUUUUAUAGCCAGGAGCGGCACCCUUUGCACUUCACCAGCUUCACAUGUUUUUUUUUUGUUGUUCUGUGCACCUGUUACGUUUAUUGGCGAGUGGGACUUCUCUGUUGACGCGAUAGUGCAGUAGUGUUUUGGCAGAGGCUUGAGGAAGAGUAGACAAUCAGAUCGAGAUGUUCUCACUUAGCUUUUCACGUGUGGUAGUUAAACGUGGCUUAUUUGCUUUUUUCGUGUUUUUCUCGAGUUUUGAGUUUGAAAAAUGAAGGAUACCUUUGAAGAAACCAAAAGAGAGUGUAAAAAAAAGAACAAAAACCACACACUCACACACACAAAAAAAAGAAACAAACAAAAAACGAAAUCAGACAUUUCCACCAUCGACUCACUUGAAUUCAAACAGGCCCAAGUUACGAUGUUGUUUGGUAGCUUCUCGCUUGACGUUACUCCUGGAAAAAAAAAGGACUUUCAGAGCUUUCAGCCAGCCUUAAUGUAUGUGCAUCUUUUGUCUUUCCCUUUGACCUCUGGAGUCAACAUUUGUUUAUGAAAGGACCCAAGUAGUGUAGAAACUGAUCAGCUGAUCAGAACCCUGUUCUGGAAUAUUUACCUUCCAACAGACUUCUAGAGAGCCAGGCAUUUAACCUUACUUCCAACACACCCAAUCUAGUGGAUAAAGCCCUUCAGAAUCUUCUAGAAAAGCCAGGUUGAUAACCUUGCUUCAAACACACCUGAUCUAGCAGAUAAAGCUGUUCACAAUGUGAGUGUUAGCACCAGGGGUGUUGGAGGUGCAUUGGAAAAUGUGGUUGAGGGUCAGGAGCCAGAGUAUGGGUGACCUGCUGUACACACAAGAUGACGUUGGAGGGCGUUUGAUUGGCCUGUUUUGUUACCGUCAGUCUCAAACCUGUAGAUUCUUCUGUUUUUUUUUUUAUUUUAAUUUUUUUUAUGGCGUAUUCUCUAUUCGAAGUGAUUUGUUUUGGGUUUUUUUAUGUGGGGGAGAAAAUUGAGUAGCACAUCUUUGCUCAUCUUAACUGAAGUUUAAAAAGGGUUAAAAAUGAUUUCAGUGAUGCAACUUUUUGAAGCUUCUCUUGAGUAACUGGUUAGUGUCAUUUUUUUCCAAGCAUUGUUCUGUCACAAAAAAAUUGACUUUUGUUUAGUUUUGAAACUAGUGCCAAACAAUUUUAUGUGUAGGGCACAAUUCAUUGCUGAUAUGAUUUUCUAGAAAAAUCUACUAAGCCAGUUCAAACUAUGACUAAGACAAAACUAUGAUCAGAUCUUACUGGGAAAAGCUGUUUGAGACCAAAAUGUAUCUUUAUCAGUAUUUAAUGUCUUGUCAGUAUCCGUAACAUGCUACAUAUUUAAACAUUUGCGCCACCAUUUUAUCGUUGUUUAAAUUCUUUAUAAAUGAAAAUCUUCUACAGAAGCGCAAACACCAUCUUAUUUAGGAGUGCCAUAACAGGUGUGUAAGCUUGCUCUGUUGUAGGAAGACCCAAACAAGAGCACAUCCAGCCACUGGACUUCAGCUGGUGCUACUUACUGUUCACCGCAAGCUCCACGCUCAAUGCUCCACGCUCCAUGGCCUCAAACAGGAAGGAACACUGUAUUACAGAGACUUGCGCCAAUGUUCUGGGUGAUGCCCAUGCAGACAAAAUGGAGCCCUUGUUUUUUUUUUAGUCAUUCUAAUAUCACAUUUCGUGUUAUUCUGAGUUCAUUUUACCAAGCAUUGUAGGGAGCUAUUGUCUUGUCAUUGGCAUAUGAACUGCAUGUACUGUGUCCAGAUGCCAUGGCUAUCGGUUACUCCAGACAGGGGACUGGUGUUGGGGAGUACCCAAGAAAAAAAAAAAAAAAGGAAAA